CGUACACACACACACUGGCAUGCGACACGGUCGCAUACACGAAUAGAGGGACACGCGUACGCACACAUACAGUGUACAAAUAGUGAUACGCGCGGGUACAGUGCGAACGCGGCCGUUGACGACCAAAUCUUGUGCGAGCCGUCCGCGCUCACGUAAUAUCAUUUCUUUUGUUCUCGUCGGCGUUGUCAUUGUUGGUAAAAGUAGUGGUUGUCGUCCUCGUAAAGAUAUACACGCAAUCACUACGCUGCCGUUGCCGAGCGUCAAACGCCGAGCGUGUUAUGUGACGCUCGAGCGUAGUAGAUAGCAUUCGUCUCGCGGACCCAGCGAACUCCUGCCGUCAGUGAUGGGUUCGCUACCCAACUUGCACGAGCUUUGCAAGCAGCAAUUGGUGUGUUCGGCCGUGCCGUCUAGGCUGUCCCCUAAUCCCGACCGCGGUGGCAGCAACUCUAGUAGUCGCAUUCAGCACAGACGGCUGCGGCAGACCAACAGCCUGUGCACAGGAAAUUUUUACGGUGUCAUCGAUCGGCAAGUCGACAUGCAGAUCAACGAGAAACCGUUUUCGCCGACUUCUCUGAGGUCCACGCUGUCCACCACGCACCGUCAUGUGUCUGUAGCCAACGCGUCCUCAGUGGGUGGCAAGAGACGUGACUCGCUGUCCAGCUCGGCAGGCGCGUCGUCUGUACGCCGUCUCAUUGAAGUGGUCCGCACUACGCCAUCUAACAUGGGUCCAGUGUACAGCCGGCGUCUAUUAUGCCGUAACUACGUCACUCUUUGUCUGGGCCACGGGGCGGCAGCCGCCGCUCUUAUACCGUUCAUGGCAUUACAGGGUUCCAUAUCUGCGUGGUGGUGGCCGAACAAGCUGAAACAGAACGGCGGUUUUGCCACAGUGACCACGGACAUUGGGUCUAUACUUUUGUCGGCCAUGUUCGGUUUGGCAGCGGUAAGCGCGUUGCUUGGGCCCACGGCCGUCAACAAGUUAGGCACCCGGACGUGUCUGGUGGCCGGUUACUUGGUGUCAGUAGUGUUCGUCACCGUGCACCUGUACCCCAAGGUAUCCGUGUUAUUGCCUGGUUACAUCCUGAUGGGUGCGUGGCUGGGCUGCUGGACGGCAUCCCGAACAGCGGUACUUAUGAUGCUCGCAUCCAAAAUGGCAUAUGUACUGUCCGACCGGGAGGAGUGCGAACUCGAGGGCAACGGCCGUCGGGAGGCGGUGGCCAGAAACCUGGCCAGAGGACUUCAGGUGGCGCACGACGUGGGCUUGAUUGCCGGAAAUGCGUUCGUUGCGUUCAUGAUAAGUGGAACACGAACUGGCGACAUACUCGGGACCAUGUUUGCCAGGGAUGGCGGUCAGGAAACGGACCGGACUUGUGGUAGUGUCGCUUGUCCACUGAUCAAGACAGUGGAGAUGAAACUCGGACCCAUGGCGAAUUUUACGUCUAACCAAACGGUUGCGUUGGUUGAUGUCCGCAACCACAUGGUCCUGCCGUGCAAAACCACUCAACUGCUGGCUAGCGUAUUCGCUGGAUGCUGUUUUGUCGGCGUAGCCGUCACCGCAACGUUUAUGACGCGCAUUCGUCUGUUUGUGUACGCGUCUGCAUCCGAGAAACGCAAAUCGAAUAAUGCUCGAUCGUUUGCAGCAGUUUGCGAUUCCUUUCGCAACACCAAGCUUCAGCUAAUCGCUCCGCUUUCUGUGUUCAUCGGACUGGAACAGGGAUUUAUCUAUUCCGAUUUUUCCAAGUUUUAUGUCGUAUGUUCAGUGGGCGUGUCCAAUGUGCCCACAGUGCUUCUCAGCUUAGGAUUGCUUCAGCUGGUGGCCGGUUUCACCGUAAGUCUAAUCCUGCAACACAUCCGCAGAUAUCACAUAAUAGUGAUUGGAUUCGCGUUUCAUUCAUGUUUGCUAAUGGUACUGAUGAAGUGGAAACCAUCGGGCGAUGAUGCUGCGCUACUAUAUGUAAUAGCUGCUGCUUGGGGCGUAUGCAAUGCCAUUUGGAACACAUUGUAUUUCAACUUUGUAAUAUCGUUGUAUCCUGACUACUGGCACGGGCCGAUGGCACACGGCUAUUUUUUCCAGUAUGCUGGCAUGGCGCUGGCGUUUGGACUACACAGCGCCGUAUGCAAUACCAUCAAGCUGUAUUGCAUGUCCGCCGCACUGGUGGUGGCCGUGUUGCUGUACGGCUGGCUGGAAUGGCGUCUGCAGCUAACGGUUAAGCGACGGCGAAUCACGAACCAUUCAUGACGUCAAGGUGAAACCGCAUCUUCCUGCAAGUAGUGAUAAAUCCCCGACGUGACGACCCUUCUGUCUAAUUUCGGUUUUGUGGCGUUAGUCAUUCCAACGCCCUCGGCUCCGACUUACCUUCGGUCUGGAUAGUAUGAUGAUUGUGGCUCAAACGCAAACGAUUCUAACGUGAACACAGUAUAUUAUGCGAGACGUCAUCUUGUCACCUCUGCAGUUAAACAAUUAAAAUAUGUAUUUAUAGCGUACCACUGCGAUAUUUCACCGAAUUAAAUACACUUAUAUAGAUACAAUGAAUGAAGACGAUGCAAACAACGGACAACGCAGUUGUCUGUGUGGAUCAUAUAUAUUAAAUAAUAACAAUAAUAAUAAUCUUAUGUUAACAAGUGAUUUUUUAUAUAA